CCCGCAGCUGACGCCAUCACCCCGGCACCUGCCAACAUGGAAGGUAGCGACGGCGGCGUUGCUGUGGCUGGCCCCCGGGAUCUGGGCUCUGGAACGGCUGCGGCGACAGUCCGGGAGCUUCUGCAAGACGAUUGUUAUAGUGAUUUUUUAAAUGAAUAUUUUGAUGUGAAGACUUAUACUUCCCAAUCUAUUCAUCAAGCUGUAAUUGCUGAACAACUAGCAAAACUUGCCCAAGGAAUCAGUCAGUUGGAUAAAGAACUACACCUACAGGUUGUUGCAAGACAUGAAGAUUUACUGGCACAAGCAACUGGGAUUGAGUCUUUGGAAGGUGUUCUUCAGAUGAUGCAGACAAGAAUUGGCGCUUUACAGGGAGCUGUUGAUAGGAUGAAGGCAAAAAUUGUUGAGCCAUACAAUAAAAUAGUCUCCCGUACUGCACAACUAGCAAGACUGCAGGUUGCUUGUGAUUUGCUACGGAGAAUAAUUCGUAUCUUGUAUCUCAGUAAGAGACUCCAAGGACAACUGCAGGGGGGCAGUAAAGAGAUAACUAAAGCUGCUCAAAGCCUCAAUGAACUUGAUUAUCUGUCUCAAGGAAUAGACCUUUCUGGAAUAGAAGUAAUAGAAAAUGAUCUACUUUUUAUUGCAAGAGCUCGACUUGAAGUGGAAAAUCAAGCUAAGCGCCUACUGGAGCAGGGUGUGGAGACUCAGAACCCAACCCAGGUUGGAACAGCUCUUCAGGUUUUCCAUAAUCUUGGAACUUUGAAGGAUACUAUUACAAGUGUCGUGGAUGGAUAUUGUGCUGCUUUAGAAGAAAAUAUCAACAGUGCAUUAGACAUCAAAGUUUUGACUCAGCCUUCCCAGUCAGCUGUGAGAGGGGGACCUGGGCGAUCUACUAUGCCAGCUCCAGGAAACACUGCAGCUUUUCGUGCUUCUCUCUGGACCAAUAUGGAGAAACUUGUGGAUCAUAUUUGCACUGUUUGUGGACAGGUUCAACAUCUACAAAAAAUAUUAGCCAAAAAGAGAGAUCCUGUUUCUCACAUUUGUUUCAUUGAAGAAAUAGUUAAGGAUGGACAAUCUGAAAUCUUAUAUACUUUUUGGAAUUCAGUUACUCAAGCACUUUCUUCUCAAUUUCACAUGGCAACAAAUUCUUCUGUGUUUUUAAAACAGGCAUUUGAAGGAGAAUACCCUAAAUUAUUGCGUCUUUAUAAUGAUUUAUGGAAGCGUCUUCAACAAUACAGCCAAAAUAUUCAAGGAAAAUUUAAUGCAAGUGGAACUACAGAUCUCUAUGUUGACCUACAACACAUAGAAGAUGAUACACAGGACAUAUUCUUACCUAAAAGACCAGAUUAUGAUCCAGAAAAGGCUUUGAAAGACUCACUGCAACCCUUUGAAGCUGCCUAUUUAUCAAAAUCCUUAUCUCGACUCUUUGAUCCUAUCAACUUGGUUUUCCCCCCUGGUGGUCGUAAUCCUCCAUCUGCAGAUGAACUUGAAGGUAUCAUUAAAACUAUAGCAAGUGAACUAAACGUAGCUGCUGUUGAUGCAAACCUCACAUUAGCAGUGUCAAAAAAUGUGGCAAAGACCAUCCAGUUAUAUGGUGUAAAAUCAGAACAGCUUCUCUCCACACAAGGCGAUGCAAGUCAGGUGAUUGGGCCUCUGACUGACGGGCAAAGAAGAAAUGUGGCAGUGGUGAAUUCACUAUUUAAGUUGCAUCAGUCAAUAACAAAGGUGGUUUCCAAUCAGAGUUCAUUCCCACCAGCAGCUGAGCAAACUAUAAUUUCAGCCCUAAAGACAAUCCAUGUUCUUAUGGGAAAUGCUGUGCAACCCUUAUUGACUUCAGUGGGAGAUGCUAUAGAGGCCAUAAUCAUCACCAUGCAUCAAGAAGAUUUUUCUGGGUCCUUAUCCAGCUCAGGAAAGCCUGACAUUCCUUGUUCUCUGUAUAUGAAGGAACUGCAAGGUUUCAUUGCCAGAGUCAUGAGUGACUACUUUAAACACUUUGAAUGUUUGGAUUUUGUCUUUGACAAUACUGAAGCUAUUGCCCAAAGGGCAAUUGAACUUUUUAUUCGCAACGCCAGUCUCAUAAGACCACUCGGUGAAAGUGGAAAAAUGCGACUAGCUGCUGAUUUUGCACAGAUGGAGUUGGCUGUGGGUCCGUUCUGCAGAAGAGUCUCUGAUUUAGGAAAGUCCUAUCGAAUGCUCAGGUCAUUCAGACCACUGCUCUUCCAGACAAGUGAACAUGUGGCCAAAAGUUCGACACUGGGGGACAUCAUUCCAUACAGCAUUGUUAUCCAGUUUUUGUUCACAAGAGCACCACCAGAGCUGAAAUCCCCCUUCCAGAGGGCAGAAUGGUCUCACGCUCGCUUCUCCCAGUGGCUGGACGACCAUCCAUCUGAAAAGGACAGGCUGCUCCUCAUCAGAGGAGCCCUGGAAGCCUAUGUUCAAUCAGUAAGAAGUAGAGAAGGCAAAGAAUUCGCACCAGUUUAUCCCAUAAUGGUUCAACUGCUUCAGAAAGCUAUGUCUGCUCUUCAGUAGCAAUGUAAAGUAUUUGUUAAUUGUUAUUUUGUGUUAACCUCUUGACAUUGUUAAACUGAGUAACAUAUACUCUGAUAGCAACUAUCCUCUAUUUUAAGAAUAUAAUUGAUUUUUCUGUAUUUCCUAUUGAUCUUUUUCUGUUGGCCUUUUUAAUUCUGCCUUAAGUAGCAAAAAAUGUCUUAAAUUCAUCCCCAUCUUCAAAUCCAUGGACCUGCUUUUCCCAGAAAGACAUGCAACUCUUCUCUCCCCUGACUUCCCUAAGGCUGAGAUUUCGUUCCCAUCAUGUAACAGUCUUUCUAUAAGUACACACACAUAUUAAGCCCCACUGAUUUUUAAGGUAUAUGAUAAUAGGAUCAUAAGGUAUAUAUCUUGCUUCCCCCUGCCAACCUUCCUCCUCACUAGAUAACAAGUAUUUAGCUCAGAUGCUUCCAAAUUUGAGUGCAGGUUAGAAUCACUGCUGGAGCUUUGAAAAAUCCUAACGCCCCAGUUGCAGCCCAUACCAACACAGCUAGAAGUGGGAGUCAGGCAUUAGUAUUUUUUAAAAAUCCCCAAAUAUGUUCUAAUACACAUCAAAUUUUGGGAACCACAAGCAUAUCCCAAAGCUAAGAUGAAGGGUUAGAUGUUUAAAUUGUCAUAUUGUAUCAUUAAUAAAGAUAGAGGAAGACUUUUACACUCUGUGUCACUUUAUUAAAAAGCAGACUUUGGGGACUAUAUAACUUUGUAGCAGAUGCCAAGUUAAAACUAGAAAUAAUUUUUAUUCUACAAAGAUUCUCUAUAAAUAGUAGAUAACCCAGGUCCUUGUUUUUCUGUUACCUUUGCCCUGUGAACAGUUUUUCACUGUUUAAAAUCCCAUCAACAACUUCUUAAUGUCUUUCCAGCUCUGAACCUGUUAUUCUAACAACUCAAAGUUUGGUCAAGAUCAAUCAAGCAGAAGAAGUAAGAGAUAACUCUUUUUUUUCCAUUUUAUUUGAAAUAAUAUACAAGAAUAUAGUGUGCAAAAUUUAGGGGCAACAUCAUAAAGUGUAAUGAAACUGAAAUCAAUUUUACAGCUGUGAUUCCUAACCAGAAACACCACUUUUUAAGUAACAUGAAAAGCCAUGAUUGUAGCUCAGAGCAAAAGCAGCUGUAUUGCCAAUGUAUUUGCUCUAAUUUUAGACAGUUGGAGGAAAAGUAAAGUGCAAGUGUUGCACUGCAGUAAGUGCAAAGUCUGCCCCCACCAUAAAGAUAUGAUGACAAAAUAAGAUAUUUAAGAUAUGUGGCUGAGGAGAUAUAGAACACAAAGUUAAAAAAUACAAUGGUGUCAACUGUUAAUAGCACCAUUACAGUGACUAUAUCCCAACGCUAUGAACUAACUUUACCUUGGCCUGGGCUAGGCCUCCACCGAAAACAAUGGGUGGGUGCUGCCACCUGGUGUAGAAAGUCAGCAUGCUGUGGGAACCACAGCAGGUGGCUCUCUUGCUGGGACACUGACACCGUCCACCUGCCACAUAUUCUGGAAGCCUGCUGGCACCAGCCAGAUGAGGCGCUCCCGUGUUUGGCACAGAUGCUGAGCCAUGGGUGGUUGCUCAAGGAAAGGCCAGGUCCCAGCUUCUGUUUCAUUCCAUUAUGUAUACAAUACAGAUUAAUAAGCAGUAAGGAGCCGAUGUAUAAACAGCAGUUACAUAUUUUUAAGUUCCCCUUUUGUACAAUUUAAAAUAAAACAAGUAUACACUCCUUUUUUCUUUCUACUGUACUUUAGCACCACAGGAUAUCAAUUUUCAAGCCUAUAUCACCUGAUAGACAUAUAUGAAUCUGGAAGAAAUAAGGCAAUUUGGUUUACAAUGUUGAUAGUUUUAGCUUACUUAAUUGCUCUAAUGGAAAAAAGCAAAUCCUCACUCAUAUUAUUAAAUCAUUUCAAUGCUAUCAGUAUCUUAUGGUCAAACGAAUUCAGGACAAACGGUGAGAUCUUGAUCUUAAGUCUUUCCAUCAACAGUCAAUGUUUAUGCAAAUACAGACUUAAGAACACAAGCAUCCUGGUUUAAUGUUGCUGUGAGCCCUGUGGAGAGAAAAUCAAAACUCAGUGAAUGUUUCCAAACCAAACACAGUAAUUCUAAAUAUAAAAGCUAGGGUGCAUAAGAUAAUGUCUAUUAAUUUACAAUUAAAAUUUGGGUUUAUCAAAGGUGAUGAUUUAUAAAAGUUUGCUAGUAUCUGUUGGCUCAAGCAUCGAGAGAAUUUAUAAAAAUGAUGAAGAGAGAGAUGGACUAGGAUGAACAAAAAAGGAAAUCCAGGUAAAAUGCCAUCAACUAGAUUUCAAAGUUCAUAAAAAUUUAGAUCCGCUCUCCUCUUCUUCUGGAAUCAGGCUACUGACUACUUUCUUAGAAAUUUUUGAAAAAUUUAAGCAAAUAUAACCUUAUACAGUACUAUAAAGUAACUGGCAUAUAUGAAAAAAGAACGGAAGACGUUCUUGGCUAGCCCCCCUGCUGCAAAGUACUGAUGUCUUUCCUUUAUUAAAUAUUUCCAAUUAAACUUUAUGUUCUAUCACGUGAAGUUCCCUUUGUAAGUAGUCUAAAAUUGCCUAACUUCAAUUGGCAAUUGGAUUGCCAAUCCAGUGAUAGAAAAAUUCUAAGAAUUAAGUCUAUUCAAGGGUGCAUUUAUCAUGACGUGAACUUGUUACCAGUCUUCCUGGGCCUAUUCCUUUUCCUCACGGAGGCUUUUAAUGUAGAAAUCCUUUGGAAAUGGUAAAACCCUCCCCCGCCACUGCCAUUAUCUCUAUCACCUUACCAAUUAAGAAAAAUACACCACCCCCAAAUCAGAAAAUUCUUCCACUGUGGUAUUAAUGGAUUAAUGUCCUUCUUCUACUACAUUCCAAAGUUAGUUUUCCAGCUCAACAUUUCUUGACAUUCUUAAGAAUGCAUGAGAUUUGUACUUUCCACUUUAAAGAGUAAAUGUCACUUAGAGGAGGCAGCCUGCCUUUUAUGGUGGUAUAAAAAUAUUAGGUUUUGAAGUAUAAAAAUUCUGAGAAACAACAUCAACACCACUUUUCAACUUGCCCGUAUCAUUUGGGAGAUAAAUCACGAUAAUUUUAAGUAACUAUACUUGUUCAGACAUACUGAAUUGGUUCUUUUCCUUUUCCAACAGUCAGGAUUUAAACGUUUUUGUUCUUCAGCCAAAGCCUUUGCUUCUAAUGUAUACAUCCUCCUCUCUUCAUUCUUCAUUUUCUUCCACCUAUCACCAAGGAUCACACUUAUGGCUCUGUUAAAAAAAUAUUUACACAAUGAUGAAAGCAAGAUUUUUUCAUAAAACUCUUGUCUAGUGCGGCUACUUCAGGAAGAAAUGUAAAGUUAAAAUUAAAAAAAACAAAAUUUUUGUCCAACACAGAGAGGGAAAAGGUCAAGGCUAUAGUCAUUUCCAGUAAAAUCCCAAGUCACAUGGUCCAUUUGUCAUAACUUUGGCAGUUAAAGCCUCCUGGAAUGGUGCCGAUAUUUCCAAUUGUCAAAGGACAUCUAAAAUGGCUAAAAACUGGAUGUUCUACUAAACUCAGACUUAAGGAAAAAUGGCUUAAACUACUGUUGGAUCUACUGUUACUUUUAAAAAGAUGUUUCAGAUACUGAGACAGACAAUGUUUAUUGUCAGUAGCAUGAAGAAUUCACUUUGGAUUAAAAGUUAUUUUAAUAACUCUCUAAUCUGUGCCUGUAACCUAUAGAGCAACCAUAGUGAAAAUGGAUAAAAUCAAAUUGGAUAAAAUCAAAAGGGAAAAAGUCACAACUAAAAAGAUUCAUCAUGAUACAAAUUUGAAACUCUUCCCUAUUUAUCUACGUUAGUCUAUCCCCAGACCUAUUAAAACAAACGUUUCUUCCAAUACAUAUAAACUAUUUUCCUACUAAAGAGAUUUUUUAACCAUUAAUGUCUUGGCAGUCAUGCAAAACAAAGCCCUUGAAUGACUGCAUCUAGUACAAAAAUGACUACAAUUACAGAUUUGGAAGCAAAAGAUAGUAAUCUGUGCUUUAGAAGAAAAAUAACCACAGAAGUAAACCUGUAGUAAAUAUUUUCUUAAUACAUCAGUAAGUUUUUCCAGUAAAUACUAACUCUUUAUUAAAAUAAAACCCAUUUUCUAUAGUCUUUGAUAUAAGGUCCUAUAAAAUAAUGGUUGACACAUUAACCAGUAGAACAAAUCUAUAGUAAAUAUUCAUAUAUGUCAAUUCCCAAAUCAAAGAUGCAUUUGAUACAAGAAGGUUCUUUUUAAAAUCUAAAUACUUAAAAUUUAGGCUCAUGAGACAUUCAAAUAUGAAUUCAAAUUUGAAAAUGGACAGUCAUUUGACUUUCCUCAUGAUACAAGGGUAAAGUAAUGGUAGCUUUGGUUGUCGGAAAUAGACAGGAAGAAGAUAACUUUAACGGGCAGAGAAGCUUUUAGUAGGUUUUAGCAGAGAACUUUAGGAGGUCAGAUUAAGAGUACAAAUGGAGUAGAAUGGAUUCGUUAAUUUGUAUUCCUGAUGGGCCUUCUUGGUGGCGCAAGGGGUUAAGAUGCAACCUAUGAAGCUGUCUGCAAUCUCUACAGCAUGAGUUCAAUCCCCAGCCAGGGAGCAACCCACAUGGUGCAGCAGACCUCUCCUGACUCGACUGCUCCUCCCCUCAGCAGUGUAUUUCAGUUAAUCUGCCUGUUCUGUUCCCCACUCUGUCUCUGGUGAAUCCUCUCACCACCCCGCAUCUCUGGCCUGUACCCCAGCUCUUGUAUGCAUAAAUAAAUCUUUUUAAAAAAAAAAUUGUAUUCCUGAGCUCUGCUGAAGACCACUUUUAAGUUUAGUCUUUUCACAAAUCUAGCAACUCUGAUAAAAUGCCAAAGCUGCAAUCCCAAAGUGGGACACAAUGUAAAAUAAGUACAUCCUGAGAUCUUACACAAGAAAGUGCUAUUCUUUUCCAUAUAGCUUUUCUAUAAAGAUGGAACUGCGGCCCCGUAGAAAGUGGCCCCAUAUCACUAGGUAACCUAAUUAUCUGCCCAGGUAUUAUAAAGUAAUUAUACAUGACCCUAAAAUGUUCACUUAAACUUUCCACUUAGCCUAUAAAAAUACAAAGAUUAUUUAAAUGAAAAAAUAACAGCCACUGAAGAGUAAGUCGGCUUAAUACCCCAGUUACUAUGAACUAUACUGAAAUAUUAUUUAUCAUAAUUACAGUGAUCAUUAUUUUUACCUGUUAUCUUUCCCUGGAUACAUCUGAGUAUAUUCAACUCUGUAUUUUUUGGCAAAAAGCAUGAAGGCAUUCAUUGGUCUUUUGCACUUGUUAGGAGAAGUGGCACUCACAGUCCCUGAGCUGUGGUUUUUGACAGCUUUAGCAUACAAAGAACUGGAAGAGAGCUGUGAUGAUCCGGGGGAGCCACAGUUUUUACUGAAUCCAGAUCUUGCAAAGUCUUGGCUUCCUGGUCCUCCACAAGACAAAGAUGCACGACGCUGCCGAGCCAUACUACUGAGCACGUAGACUGCAGAAGAAUCCAUAGGCGUGAAGUCAUAGCUAAAAAACAAAACAUGGUUAUAAUUUAGAAUAUCUGAUUUGUAAAAUCAGAAUAAAAAAAAAAACUAACAUCUAGUUGGAAAUUUCUAUGUAUUUCCCAUUACCAAUGCUACUUUACUUCACCACUGAUAAUUGCUUAUAAGAUGUGUGUACUGAAUAAAAUGUUUUAAAACUACAGAGAAUAAAAAACUUUUAAAAGACUUCAAAGCCCCCCAAGGAAGCUAUUAUAACCUAUAUACUUAUAACUUGCCCAUUUCAUACUUUAGGUUAACUUUUGAUAAAUUUGAUAAUCUGAUUUCUUGGCCUCAGAUGCCUACAAUUAGAAAAUUCAAAUAUGGCAGGCAUAUAGAACUAAGGACUAACUGCUAUAGAAAACAAGAUGUUGAAUAUUAAAUGUAGCUAAAUGAAUUUGAAAUUCACAGUAAUCAGGGUUAUUUCUUUAGGUAUAAACAGGCACAUAUAUAUCAGUCUCCCCAAAUGGUCAUCCUUUAAAAUAGCCAAAUAAAUCAAAGUAUGAAAAGUUCAUAUUGUUUAGGAAAGGCCCUAUCUUGUUUGGUAUAUUGUUUAUGUAUGCAUGGAAAUAAGCACAUUAUCGCUUCCAAACAGUCUGCUGGGAAGGGUAUUAGCCUCUCUUUUAUACCAAGAAACAGGCUAAGAGAAAUUAUUAUUCUCCCACGGCCUCACAAUCACUAGUUCCAAACUCAGUUCUGCAUGUCCACCUCCAGAGUGAUACUCUGCGCUGCCAUUCUAACGUCAAGGUGAACAAUUAUCAGACUGACUGAAAAUUAGAGCUAAUAUUGUAGACCCAGCCUAGAGGUACACCUGUCAAAAAAAACUUUGUUCCGACUAUUCCUCCUGCUUUAACUUUUAAUCUUAGCAGAAAACUUUUUAUUUAGUUUCUAUUCUAAACACAGUUCUUAAUUCCCUCCCUGAAAUAAAAACUCUGGUAAUAAUCAACACAGGUCGAUAGCAGCUAUAGGAAUAACAGAGUAUCUGACUAGAGGUAAUUCAUUUGAAUAUGAAUUAGUAAGACUGAUAAAGGGAGCUAAAUGAGUAAGAGCCACCCCACUCACUGUACACAGUAAAAAUAACUUCUGCCAAUUAUCAACCACACAACAUCUGUGUAGUCAUGACAUGAAAUAAAGUACCUCAAAGUAUAACUCUAAAAUCAAAUGAGUGUUUAGCAAUCUGUACUAUGUCACAGAAGCAACUUUGUACUUAAGUUCGUCCCAAAUAUAAUUUUGAAAACAAAAUUUAAACAAGCAGAGAAAAAUAAAUACUGUGUAUCAGUUGUGUUGGAAGCUAUGAAAGCCAAACUCAUAAACACAGUAGAAUGGUCAUUACCAGGGGAUGGGAAAUAGGGGAACGGGACAGAGAUUUGAGAGUAAAAGAGUAAGUCAUGGUGAUUUAAUUUAAUGCACAGUACAGUGAAGGUAGACAAUACUGUACUAUAAUCACCAAACAUGCUAAGAUACUAAAAAUUGUUCCAGUAAACAGUAAAAAGGAAUGAUAAUUAUGUAACAUGACAGAGAUACAAAUUAUCACAGUGGCAAUCACAUUACAAUAUAUAAAUGUAUCUAAUUAUCUUGUUGUCCUUACAUUUACAGUUAUAAUAGUCAAAUAAUUUCAAUUUUUUUUAAUUGGAAAAA